GAAAUUGUGUGUAAAGGUUUAUUUGAAUUAAGAUUAUCAGAUUUACAGGGUUUUUACAUGAAAGUAGAAAUGAAAGAGGUUCGAAAGAGGAUAUUUCCCUGAAAGAAAUAUGUAUAUCCAUUUUUGUCUAGUAUGUUUUCGUGACUAUGGUGAGUUAUAUUACAAUGUAUACGAUUCACAUGGCAUAUUUUAUACUGUCGUUUGGUAGUAUGCAUCCAUUUCAAAGAUAUACAUCCAGAUCAGGUUCAAGUUAUAUUUUUGGUGGGGGCUUUUUUUUUGUUUUUUCGUCUUUUUUUCUUCGUUUUCUUUCCAAGAGUAUUUAUCGUUUUGUAGCCGUAUAGAUAGUUACUUUCGUGUGUAUAAAGGUUCAUUGAAGUAU